ACAUUUGGUGACAGGAGUGGGAUCCAGAUAAAUGGCAGAAGCGCCAGACCAGCAGCAUGCGGAGCAGGCAGUGCGCGCCCGAGGCAGCAGAAUAGUGUCUCUUCCUGAUUCGUUCAGUGAUGGCGAUGUGGAGCAAUGGCUCAAGAAGUUUACCCUUUGUGCUGAUGCAAAUGGGUGGGAAGACGAUGAGAGAAAAAAGAAGAUUCUUCCGACAUAUCUAAAUGGGAGAGCUUGGAUUGUUUAUGAUCGGUUGCCAGAAGACAAGAAGGACACGUAUGAUCGUUUGUGUACGUCACUUAAGAAUGUCUUUUCCCCUGUUACGGCAGAGAGACGCCGUCUGGCAACGAGGCAGUUCAGGGAGAGAAAAUGGAAGACUGAUGAACCAUUGGAGGUUUAUGCAGGAGAGCUAGAACGUCUCUUGGACAGGGCUUACCCAGCACUAGGAGCCGAUGAUCGGCAACAGCAGCUAGUAGACCAGUUCACUGAAGGAAUGCCACCAGCUGUACGUCGGGAAUUAGAACUUCAUGCACAAGCAACAUUCGAGGAUACCAUACUGCGAGCAAGAGAGCUAAUGCUCUUGGAAGACAGAAAGAAGGUACGAGCUCAGACUGUCGAAGCUGUCAAUGUGGUGAGGCAGGAUGUUACCCAUUCUGAUUACACAACUGAGCUGGAACGACGAGUGCAACAUCUAGAGGCACAAUUGCGGCAACCAACACCCACAUGGUCUAAAGAGAAAUACCCACAAUUACCUCACACACCACGAGGACUGAACAAAAGGGAUCUGAUUUGCUUUCAAUGCAAUCAGCCUGGGCACCUACGCCGCAAUCGUCCCUAG